CAACAUGUUAAAUAAAAACUUGAGCAUCUUAAUAAUUUCUCUAUUCGUAUUGUGCGCAGUUAUUGGAGUCAAUUCCCUCAGUGACAAUUUGGGAGACUUACCAACGAGCUGUGCUGAAGCAUUAAAAUUUUUCAAAAAUAGUGGCAUUUAUCAACUUUAUUUACCUAAAUCUGGACUUAAACCAUUUUAUGCAUAUUGUUUGAGAGAUCCAGACAAUGGCCCCGGUUGGACAGUUGUUCAAAGACGUCAAGAUGGAUCUAUGGAUUUCUACCUGAAUUGGGUUGAUUAUAAAUUUGGGUUUGGCAAUCUGGAAGGCGAACACUUCCUUGGAUUGGAUAAGUUAUAUGCUUUGACAAAUAAUCAAGUUCAGGAAUUAUGGUUCCACUUGGAAGAUUUUGAAAAUGCAACUCGUAAUGCAUAUUAUAGCAGUUUUGCUAUUAAUGAUGAAAACUCAAAAUAUGCACUUAAUGUAUUGGGUAAAUAUUCUGGUAACGCAGGAGACAGUUUCACUGCUCACGCUGGUGCGAAGUUCUCAACAAAGGACAACGAUAAUGAUAAUUGGGAUAAAAGUUGUGCACAAACCUACACCGGAGCUUGGUGGUACAAGGCCUGCCAUAAAAGUAACUUAAAUGGGCAGUAUUUACGCGGACCGUACCCUAAAGAUAAAUUUGCACAAGGUGUUAACUGGUUUGAUUGGCAUGACUAUUACUACUCCUUAAAGUAUACUCACAUUGCAAUUCGUCCUAUUAGCAGAUGAGUUCUAUACUUAUAAAACCAUUUGUUAAGAAUAAAUAAAUUGUCAUUUAUAAUAAUUUCAGCAUUUAUUUAAAUAAAAA